GGAUGCACACGUCGUCGUUCUGCCGUGUUGCGAAACAGAAGAUAAAGCAGAGGGGACAAACCGCGACCGGCGGGAGGCUCGGAGAUGGCCGCGGCGGCGGAGGCGUCGGCGAAGGUGAGGACGCCGGGGAGGUGGUCUCUCCAAGGGAAGACGGCGCUCAUCACCGGUGGCACCCGUGGAAUCGGGCGUGCGGUGGUGGAGGAGCUGGCAGCGUUGGGGGCCAUCGUGCACACAUGCUCCCGGAAGGAGGCGGAGCUGGGGGAGCGCCUCAGGGAGUGGGAGGCCCGGGGAUUCCGCGUCACCACCUCCGUCUGCGAUCUCUCCGUGAGGGACCAGCGUGAGCGCCUCCUCCGCCAGGUCGCCGACCUCUUCGGCGGCAAGCUCGAUAUCCUCGUAAACAAUGUGGGGACAAACAUAAGGAAACCAACUACUGAAUUUUCUGCAGAGGAAUAUUCUUUUAUGAUGGCAACUAAUCUUGAAUCUGCAUAUCAUCUGUGCCAACUUUCACAUCCUCUUCUGAAAGCAUCUGGGUCCGGGAAUAUUGUUUUCAUCUCAUCAGUCUGUGGAUUGGUAGCCGUUUUUAGUGGUUCUCUCUAUGCUAUGACAAAAGGUGCAAUCAACCAAUUAACCAAGAACCUAGCAUGCGAAUGGGCGAGAGACAAUAUACGAACCAAUUCUGUUGCCCCGUGGUACAUCAGGACUUCACUUACACAAGGACUUUUGGCAAAUAAGGAAUUUGAAGAUACUGUCGUGAACCGAACUCCACUUAAGCGUGUUGGAGAACCAGAAGAAGUAUCAUCGCUGGUUGCUUUUCUUUGCAUGCCUGGUUCCAGUUACAUUACUGGCCAGACUAUCUCGGUUGAUGGAGGUAUGACCGUCAAUGGGCUCUAUCCAAACUAAGGACUAAUUGACUGUCAAGAUGACAAUUUCCCGCUGUCCAGAAACGACCAGUCUGUUUUUUCAUGGACUUCGCAACUAGAACAAAUGUUCUGUAAACUGACCUCAACAUGAAUAUAUAUGUUUCUCGUCUGAUUUGAAGAAAUCGUCGAGUCGUCCA